AUGGAGAGGCGCCUCUCCUCCUGUCUCCCCCCCUCCGCCCCGUCCCCCGAGUCUGGGCUGCAGGAGUCGCAGCCACACGCAGCCCCUGGCAGCCGGCCUGAGCGUGCACGGCGGCAGCAGCAGCAGCCAGAGAAGCAGCCGGAGGAGCGGCGAGGCUCGCAGGCAGCUCCGCCGCGCCUCCCGAACCCCCCGUGCCCGGGCAGGGCAGGGCAGCAUGGCAGCCCCACUCCUCCUCCGCCGCCGCCGUUCCCCACGCUAGGCUGGGGGAGACCCCAGGAAGGCAGGCAGGCACGCCCCCAGGGGAGAGAAAGGAGCCGCCGCCGCUAUCGCCGAGGUGACUAUCUCGGUGGGGCCACGCUGACCAUGCUCAGGAGCUUCUGUCUUCAGCUCAUGUCCUUGCUUUGGAUCUUAGUGGCCCAUCACCAUUUUGUCCAAGGUGAUGACUGCACUGACCACUGUAACUUGGCCCAUGGCAGCUGCGAAGAGGACGGCAAAUGCGGGUGUGACCCAGGUUGGGAAGGGAAAUAUUGUGAACAGUGCGUGAGGAUGCUAGGCUGUAUCCAUGGAACAUGCCACCAGCCUUGGCAAUGCAUCUGUCAAAGUGGCUGGGCUGGCAAGUUCUGUGACAAAGAUGUGCAUAUCUGUGAGCACCAGACCCCCUGCCAGAAUGGAGCCCAGUGUGUCUAUGACCGAGAUGGGGAAUAUUCCUGCCUGUGCCUUGAAGGAUUCCAUGGAAAGGACUGCGAGCUGAAGACUGGGCCGUGUGAAAAGGCAGGAUUUCCAUGCAAGAACGGUGGACUGUGCCAGGACAACAAUGGCUUUGCUAGCAACUACACCUGCAAGUGCCUGGCAGGAUUCAUUGGUUCACAUUGUGAAAUUGAUGUUGAUGACUGUCUGAUGCGUCCCUGUGCCAAUGGUGCCACUUGCCUUGAUGGCGUGAACCGCUUCUCCUGCCAGUGCCAGGCAGGCUUUGAAGGACGUUUCUGCACCAUCAACAUUGACGAUUGUGCCAGCCAGCCAUGCAGAAACAGGGCAAAGUGUUAUGAUCGCAUCAACGAUUUUGAUUGCUUGUGUCCUGAUGGAUUUGUUGGCAAAUCUUGUGAGCUGCCAGCUCUGGAACCAACCUGGGUCACCACUUUUCAGCCUGAUCACAACAGUGUUGUGAAAAGCACACCCGGCGGUGACAUUUGGAUGACCCAAUCUGAGCCAGUUAGAAUUGUGGUUACUGGGAAACGGAUAACUAACAACAGUGAAAAACCAAAUGCAGGAGGGUUGCUAAUCUCUGUGAAAGAAGUGGUGACGCAGCAGGAGUCUGGGUUGAGUCAGUCCCAGCUGAUUUUAGUGCUGGUGUUUGGGCUGCUCACUGUCGUGCUGGUCUUGGUAACUGUUUUGUUGCUGGUGAAGAACUGGCAGCGGGGGCGCCGGAGGUCCCAAAGCCCCACACAGUCUGCACGGAAACUUCAGGACCAAGAGUGUCAAGUGGGAAUGUUAAGCACGGUUUUGAUGGAACCCAGAAAAACAACAGAGCUGUAAGGACCCAGAGUUGGACUCUGGCCAACCUACAUAAACCCAUCAAUGAAUCCUUCGAACCAUGUCCUGGAGCUGUUCUGGCUGCGUGUCUCCAAACUACUGAAGGGCUCCAGUAGAACUUAAGUCUGUGAAACAGCAGGAAGGAGGAUUCCUACAAGGUUGCAAAUCCUUGUUUGAAAGUGAGAGUCCUUGAAUGUGUGCAGCUUAAGGCACUAAUGUGGUGAUACCAACUUACCAAGAGAGCCAAAGGAGAUGCUGGGUCAUGAUAACCUGGUAUUAGAAACAGCAAGCAAGGUGGAUGUAUUCCGUCCCACGUGCACUAAAGGGAGAAACGAGGCCAAGUACGCCAGAGCAGGUUGUAGGAGCCAAAACUCCAUUAGGCCUGUGGGCAUCUGGUAAUUCUGUCAUUGGAACUGUCCUGUGACCUAUCUAUUUAACCAAGAGGACUUGGACUCUGUUUGAUGCAUAGCCCACUGCUGGAGCUCUGGCACAGACAAUCUGAGAUUCCUGUUCUGGGUAGAAGUUUUCAGUCCUUUUCAAGUACCACAAGCUCACCCUAAGGGCCUUGUAGUAGUGCAAGCUGGUUUGCUGACUGCACUGAUGAUGCUGGCUCAUAUCUUGCCCAUUCUACUCCACACCAUGUCCUUUUUCCAUGUGGUUGCAAAUGUUUGGUACCUCUACAACUAGCGGCAUGUCUUAUCCUGUCUUUUAUCAAACCAUCUCAGCAGGUUUGUUAGUGAUUUCAUACCACACUACUUCAUUACACCAGCACCUCAAUAUCUCAGCUGUGGUGCCAGGGAGAGGCAAAAGCAGACACGAAGCCUUUGUCCCUCUCAACUGACCUGGUUCUUCCCAGUUAUCAGAAUGGAAAUGUAUGUGUAUGAAGCUGGAAAUUGUGGCUUGGCAUAAUAAGUAAUGAUCCCAGUUUCAUAGCCUAAUGUGCUAUGCAAGAACUAACACGCAAGUGACUUAGGAAACAACAUAAUAGCACUUUCAGUACCACCUGAGGAAUUCUAGUUUCCACAAACAGAAGCAAGAUUCAGGUUAACUCCAGCUCCUGUGGCAGCUGUUAUGGAGACAGAAUAAUGUUCAGCUAUGCUGUGUUUUGGAGGAGAAAUGUUUUUUCAGGAGAUCAGACAAGCACCAUGAAACGUGCCCCUCCCAAUCUUCCAUUUGUGUGUGUGUGUGCUAUUCGUGCUUGUUUGUAGACAUUGUUUUCCUCCAUCAGCUGCUGCUUCAACUUUUCUUUCAUUGUAUUGUAGUGAGCAUGAUAUUGUCACAGGCUGAAUUUGAUUGAGUUACAUGGUGAUGGCAAUGAUAACCAAGAAAACAAAAUCAUCCCAACUGUGAAGCACAAGUCCCGCUGAGCCAGACUGCGCAUUCGAUGCACACUGGAAUGCAUAUCUAAUGCAAAACAGUGUAGCUUGGAUGGACGUUGGCAUUUGGAUUCACAUUCUGAGUAUGGACAUUGUCCGCCCAUAGUAUAUUGCUUUCUGUUGGCCCUCAACCCCAAGCAGGUGGUCAGAUUAGGUACAAAUGUGCAUAUGGGAUAGAAUUGGGAGUGCAGCUGCUGAUACUGCUUGGGAAUACCAACUGCACAGGUCUCCAUGCAUGUAACUUGAUAAGCAUAGGGUCUAAACAUGCAAUCUGUAUCCUGCAAAAAUAGACUGUAUAGAUUGCACAUUCAGAGCCUAUACUCCCUGAGGUAUGGCUAGACCCCCAGAACAGAAGUUAUAAUCAGUGUACAGAGGUUGGGGAUUGAGUCAGCACCUGCAAUCCCAAACCCCGUGACCUCCAUGAGUAUAUUCUGUCCAGUUUGACUAUCUCACAGGGCACUUGGCUCCAAAGGUUUUUCUGGGAUGAACAAAGCUGGAUGUGGAGCUUCAAAUUAUUGCCAUAGCACGUCAAAAUGGAAUAUUGGGUCCAGUAGGCAAUGAAGCCAAAUUCCUUCUCUCCCCAUAACCUGUUUUGUUUUCUUUUGAACCCCUCUGAAUGGUCAGAGAAAAAAGACAGCUUUUUGAGUGGCAUGCAAAUAUAUAUGAAAUUUCCCCCUCAUUGCAGUUCAACUCUGGAAAGAUUACCUUGCUUUCAAAUCAACCAUAUAUCAUUAUGAAGCACAUUUUAUUGUUAAAGGUCAGUUGAGGGAGACCAUUUGGGUGGUAAGUAGAACCUGUGCUGUAGUAUUCAUUCAAUUUCAGAUUAUUCAGUCUCCAUGCUGGAAACAGAGGCCUCCUUUGGAAUAGGCUCUGAUUUAGGUCUUGUGUGUGGCAUAUUCUCAUUCACUAACACUCCUCUUUCCCCUCUGCCUGUGUGAGAAAUACAUGAGCACCCCACUUCCAUGGCCAAGGAACUACCAGAUAUGUGUUUGGAAAUAUGAGUUAAACAAAUAAAGGAGGAAAGAAGGGGUAGGGUGGGAUAGGGUGGGAAGUUGACCAGAAAGAUUAUUUUUGUAAUACACAGUUGAUGAACAAUGUAACUUUAUAAAAUAAAAAGUAAAAUACUAGAAUUACUGCCUUCCUGCCCACUCCUCUAGACUUGAACACCUUGAAAACAUCACUCUCUGCUUCUAAAUAGAGAGAAAUAAAGAGGCUUUGUCUUGGUUCCA